GGCAUAUCCUGCUUGUUGGCGGCUACCCGUUGUCAUAGAACCCACCAACAUGGAGGCAGCGGCACAGUCGGAUUCACCAGAGAACCCAGGCAGUUCGGCACCGGGAGCGGAGGGAGGUUCGGCUGCGGUUCCGGACUCCCCGGUCUGUCUCAUCGUGCUGGGCAUGGCGGGUUCCGGAAAGACCACCUUCGUCCAGAGGCUGACGGCUCAUCUCCACUCCCAGAAUUCUGCUCCAUAUGUGAUCAACCUGGACCCUGCCGUGCACGAGGUUCCAUUUCCUGCCAACAUCGACAUCAGGGACACGGUGAACUACAAGGAGGUCAUGAAGCAGUACAGCCUGGGGCCCAAUGGCGGCAUCGUGACCUCGCUCAACCUGUUCGCCACCCGCUUUGAUCAGGUGAUGCAGUUCAUCGAGAAGAAGCGUCAGAAUCACCGGUACGUCCUGAUCGACACGCCGGGUCAGAUUGAAGUCUUCACCUGGUCGGCGUCAGGAACCAUCAUCACGGAGGCUCUGGCGUCAUCAUUUCCCUGCGUGGUGAUCUACGUGAUGGACACAUCUCGCAGCGUCAACCCGGUCACCUUCAUGUCCAACAUGCUGUACGCCUGCAGCAUCCUCUAUAAGACCAAGCUACCCUUCAUCGUGGCCAUGAACAAGACUGACAUCAUCGAUCACAGCUUCGCCGUGGAAUGGAUGCAGGACUUUGAGGCCUUCCAGGAUGCUCUAAACCAAGAGACAUCGUAUGUGAGCAACCUGACCCGCUCCAUGAGCCUGGUUCUGGACGAAUUCUACACCAACCUGAGGGUGGUGGGUGUGUCCGCAGUAACCGGAAGAGGCCUGGAUGAGCUGUUUGUUCAGGUGGAAGAUGCAGCCAAAGAAUACGACAGGGACUAUCGGCCAGAAUAUGAGCGACUCCGCAGGCAGCUGGUGGAGACACAGAGCAGGAAGCAGCAGGAGCACCUGGAGCGCCUCAGGAAAGACCUGGGAGCUGUGGACAUUGCCUCUGCUGCGUCCACAGAGGAAGCUGACCUCGCAGGACCCAGUGACCUUAUCAUGACCCGUGGUGUCCCGGACGACAGCGAGGAGGAGGCGGAUAGCGACACGGACGACAUCGACCACACUGCGACCGAGGAGAGCAAAGAGGGCGACUCCUUCGGAAACUUCCUGAAGGAGAGGAAGGAAGUGGUUCAGGUGCGGAACACGAAGUGCACCAUGCCUGAUGUGCCCUGACCAAUGAAACGGACAGAUACGCAGGAGCUUCCUCCUGAUUGGCUGCUUCCUCACUGAGAGAAAAAGAAAAGUCUUUAUUUUUAUAUGAAAUCUUUGUUUGUGAAGGAACUGAAAUAAAGUUCAGAGCUGUGUGUGACCAGCAUGAGGUUAAUAAAGUAACCCGACCCCCGUU